AUGAUCAUUUUAACUCAGAUUCAACACAUUGGGGUAGCUCAUGUAGCUCGUUCUUUCCAUGACGCAGUUCCAAGUAUUUCAGGUGCACCUGACUCCUACCAUCGAGGUGAAGCGUAUGGAGACUCGAGGCGGGAUCAAGCUAUCGCUAGUUUCUUGGAUAUCCUGAGCGAACUUAAAGACGAGUCUUCUCUAGACAACAAUGCCAAUCUUCCUCCCGCCUUUGAGGAUUACGGUCCGACAAUAGAUGAGAAACUGCAAAUUGCAGGAUCAGAAUCAUUCAAUAAAUUGGAGAGGCGAAUAGAAAAUCUUGACAAAGAGUUGCGCAACUUUGCUAAUGCUGCUCGCCAGCUUGGCAGUUCUGUCGGAAUCUUAUCCUCUGGUUUUCGACUACGAGAGCGGCUCGCGAAAUUGCUAUUUCUAUUCCGUGAGAACGCAGCCACUUUGUUUCCUCAGAAAAUAUCGCGUCAACCUCGAGAAGCGCCUAUUGUUCAUCAGUGGACAGAGCAACGACACAUAGAUAAUCAACCGUUGCCCAAGGCUCACCCUGACUCUGAAAGUUUUCCCGACCAAUUUGCUGGUUUCGCAGAAGACGUCGUAAGUUUUCUGAACUGCCUGAACGAGUUCCCGGAGUUUACGGACGAGGCCGUCAAUACGUCAAUACGUGCUUUCGAAUGCGAUCUGAAGUAUUGGGCUUCUUGUCUUGAAGAGUACAAAGGUCAAUUUCGAUAUCCAGCAGUGCAACGCUAUAUCCAUGAUUUGUCAUCAGAGAUUGGGGAGCACAUUGACAACAUCACAGUUAAUCUGUCCAUGUUUAUUGAAAUCGGUGUUCCGACGAUUCGAUUCGCCCAGCAUCAUGCAGCAUCAAACUUGCUAAACUUAUCGACAGUCGCGACAUUCUUUUCAGUUGUGACGGCAACGACCCUACAGUUCUCAUACCGGUUGACGGAUGGCGCACUGGAGACUUCUGUCAAUGCGUUUUGGUUCUCUUCGUUGGUUUUCAGUAUAGCAGCCGCUGUGAACAGUCUUCUUGGUCUCACUUGGAAGCAAGCGAUUUAUCGUUCUCCAGGUCAUAGGGUACCUUGGUGGGUGUUGAUAUGGAUCAAACGAUCGCCUUUAGUGUUUCUCGUGAUGUCUGUGGCAUGCUUUUCCGUGGGCUUGAUGCUAUUCACAUAUGCUACAAAACAGGGAUUCCUCACGUCCACGAUUACCACUGUUUUCACGGCAAGUCCAUGGAUAGCAUUCACCUCCUUCGGCCUGGCUGUCGUUUCGGCGUGGUUUGCCUCGGAGCGUAGGGUAUACGUUCGCUACCAUGGUCAAAUAUGGCUGGAUGAUGCAAUCAAUGGAGCAAUCAAUGGAGCAAUCAACCACAUCCUCCGCUUUUGUCUAGUCAUGGCAAUGCGGGAUAUCAUUCACUGGUGCCUCUCUGCUAUCAGCGGCCUGUUAAGACGAGUAGCUCUCAAGCUCCCAGACAUGAUCACCCGCAUUGGUAAUAGGGAUCAUACACUUCCCACUAUGCAGGAGGGCCCGCCGACGGAUGAUCUUUCUCACCACCGUGACACCUCUACAUCCGCAUGCUCGGCUUUUACUGAGGAUGGCAAGCCAUCUCGCCCAGUCAUUGCCCGUCAGCGCUUCAAAGGAGCUGUGCGUUCUAUCAUUGUAAUGCAACAGCAGAAAGCAGGACGGCCCUUGAUGCCGCAACGGAUUCCAUCCUUUGACUGGAACUCUGCCGUGGGGAUGUCUCCUACCCGGACUUCGUCUGUGGAUUUGGACGCCAUUCGAGGACCGCGAACCAAUUUAAUUCCGAAACUUAAAACCCUGGAACCUGUGCAGGACCUCUCCGUGCACACUGCCCUUGUCCGGCAUUUACAGUUCUCCCCGAGUGGCAAGUAUCUAGCUACGUCAAGUUGGGAUCGAUCUUCUGUCAUCUUUCGUGUUGAGGAUGCUUUUUCCAUUCAUGCCAUUCUGGUACACGUGGGAGGCUUCAUCGGUCAGGUUGCAUGGUCCCAUUCUGGUGCCCUUCUUUUGACGAGAUUUCCCCGCGGAAUCAAGGUUUGGACAGAGGAUGGACUUUGUAAGAAAACGAUUGAACGCCCGCACUCGGUGUCAUCCGUUGUAUGGCUACCUGCGAACGAGAGUGAUUGGUUUCCAGAGUUCUCAAACUGGUCGGUGCAACUAAUCAUGACAUCUGUGCUUCCUGGUUACUCAUGGAUCCAUUAUCAGGACAUCAAAGGAAGGGUUCUUGAUUCUUACCACUUCGGUGGCAUCCAGUUGCACAAUGUGGCUGUGACUCCAGAUGGUCAGCGAUUACUAGGUGUAGGUCCACUGCUCGCGGCACCCAAUGGGAUGCAUCCAAGCCGCACUACUAGAGUUGAGAAGUGUAUAGUAGUUCUCAACAUGGAGACCAGAACAUUUGAAAAGUCAUUCAAAAGUCAAACACCCGUCUUCAACGACGUGCGCGACAUCACGGUGUCCAAAAGGGGUGGAAAUGUGUUAAUUUCAUUCGAGUACAAGACACCUCCGCAAUUAUGGAAGAUGGAGUUAGUUCGGGAUACUAAAGACCGUGAAAACCCCUAUGCCCAAACCGCUAGGCUUCUUCUCCGUCACACGUAUGAGCCAACAGCUCAUGUGGAGUUUGUGGGCCCAAGCUACUUCGGCGGUGUGGAUGAUCAGUUGGUGUUGUGUGCGGGCAAAGCGGGCGAUAUCCAUAUCUGGGAACGCGAUACUGCAAUUUUACUCCACUACAUUAGACCUCAGACGUUCGGCGGAAAUUUAACAUGCGUCGCGUGGAAUCGUUCCACUGACGAACCUUUCAUGUUAGCAACAGGCAGCCAUGAUGGUACAGUGCACAUAUGGAGGACCCCGACGUGGGACUGCUCAUCUGAGGGCAGUUCGUAUCUUGAGCAUGCUGGCAUGUUAGUCACGGACCAGCCUACGUCUUCCCCCACCCUUAGCCCACCAUCUGGGCCUGGAUCCAGUCGAGGGCACCGAUAG